UGCGAGUUUUAUUGCUGAGGGGAUAAAAGACUAUACUGUACAUGGCUCAGGGAAUAUACAGAGAUGCAUUCAUCUCAAAACCUAAUCUCAUAAAUGAGACAUUAUUCGACAUGACCUCGAAUGUUGACACGAAAGCUCCUCGAAAUCCUGAAGCCUGAGCGUGUUCGGGGUUAUAUAGAGUCUGUGAACGUGCACGCGAGCGUGAAGCAUUAAAGCAGCCAAUCACUAAACAGAGCUCGAGCGGUCUUCCGGGAAAACGUCACAAACGACCACAGGGUUUCACCCGAAGCACUGCACCGAUCUCCAGCUCAUUUUUUUUUGAGUGCGCAUACGCGCCGGAGGAAAUCGUGUGGCUUAUAGAUCAGUGCAAAGCGGCUCUACCCACCGGCGUGCACUUCCUGAGGUCUAGCCCGUGAUUGUUAUGUUGCGCGAUCGAGCGUCGCUCUUUAUUCAACGCAAACAAAAGAGCUAAGCGGCUGAUUUCUUCCUGGGCGGCAGCGGCGCCUGUUUUCUCCCGAUCCGGCCGUCCUUCAGCAGCGACAUGGACUACUCGAGUGCUUUGGAGGUGUAUAAGGAGAUGAUGCUGUUGUAUUUUGAGGAGUUUAAGCAAUACAUUAACUCACUGUGUGCUGAUUUGGAGCCAUGGCAGAUCAUCACAUCAACAUUGGUGUGUACGCUUGCUGCAGUGUGGCUCAAAGGAUUUCUGUUUCAGAGGGAGAGUCUGAUGUCUAGAACCAAGAAGCAGUGUUUUCGAAUCAUCAGAAAAAUCCCAUUUGUUGGCACAUCAAUUCAGAACCAGCUGAACAAGGCUCUGGAUGACAUGUCAAUGAGCCUCUGCACACUGAAGAAGGUGAGCUACGCAAAGCACCUCCCAGCACAGGGCCUUACACAGAAACAAGUCCUAGACAGCAUCAAACAAUACCAGACACUGAAUGAAGUAAAGUGGUCCAAAGGCAAGGUUUCAGGCACAGUCUACUGGGGAGAUGAAAAGCUUACAGAUCUUCUAGUGAAGGUGUAUGGUGAGUUUGCUUGGAGUAAUCCCCUCCACCCAGAUAUCUUUCCUGGAGUUAGAAAGAUGGAAGCAGAGGUGGUGCGGAUGACGUGUUCUCUCUUCAGUGGUGGACCUGAGUCAUGUGGCACAGUCACCUCUGGUGGAACUGAGAGCAUUUUGAUGGCCUGUAAGGCAUACAGAGAUUUGGCUUAUGAGCGAGGAAUCAAAUAUCCAGAGAUAAUUGCACCAGUAAGUGCCCAUGCAGCAUUUGACAAGGCAGCACACUACUUUGGAAUGAAACUGAUUCAUAUACCUUUGGAUAAGAAGACCAUGAAAGUCGAUGUGAAGGCCAUGAAGAGAGCCAUCUCUAAGAACACAGCCAUGCUAGUGUGCUCUGCUCCUCAGUUUCCUCAUGGGAUCAUAGACCCCAUUGUGGAAGUAGGAAAGUUGGCAGAAAAGUACAACAUUCCCUUACAUGUGGAUGCCUGCUUAGGUGGCUUCCUUAUAGUGUUCAUGGAAAAGGCUGGGUUUAAGCUGGAUCCAUUUGACUUCCGAGUUAAAAGCGUCACAAGCAUUUCGGCAGAUACGCAUAAGUACGGUUAUGCACCUAAAGGCUCCUCAGUGGUGAUCUACAGAGACAAGAAAUAUCGCCACUAUCAGUACUUUGUAGCCCCUGAUUGGCAGGGAGGAAUUUAUGCAUCUCCCUCAGUAGCUGGUUCUCGGCCUGGUGGUAUCAUCGCUGCCUGCUGGGCCACCAUGAUGCAUAUGGGAGAGAGUGGCUACGUGGAGGCCACCAAAAAGGUUGUUCAAACAGCCCGCAUCAUUGCAGCAGGCAUCUGCAAAGUGGAGGGACUGUUUGUGUUCGGAAACCCAGAAGUCUCAGUAGUGGCCUUGGGCUCCGAUGUAUUUGAUAUUUUCCGUCUAUCCAAUGCACUCACAUCAAAGGGAUGGAAUCUCAAUACUCUCCAGUUCCCAUCUAGCAUCCAUAUUUGUGUAACUAUGCUGCACACACAACCUGGUGUUGCACAGGAGUUCAUCAAAGAUGUAAAGGAAGAAGUAGCAAUAAUCAUGCAGAACCCAAAGGAGAAGACCACUGGAAUGGGAGCAAUCUAUGGCAUGGCCCAGUCCAUCCCUGAUCGGUCAAUGGUGACAGAGGUAUCAUGCGGCUUCCUGGACUGCCUCUACAGCACUGAAGUUAAAUACGUCCAAAAAAAACAUUACACCAGCAAGAAGAACCACAUAAAUGGGAACUCUACAACCUACUGAGUCUUGCAUGAUUGCUGGGAUCUGUGCCUGCAGCUGCCCAAAAGCUGCUUAUUACAUUUACAUACUGGCCGUAUAUUUUUUUUUUUUUUUUUUUUUGGUCCGUCAUUUCAAUCACACAUUUACUUAUUUGUAGUUAACGCACAAGCCAUAUAACACCAAUUUAUGUUGGGCAUUUCCUUCAAGGUAAUUUUCUGUCAAUAAACUUGUCCAUAAUAGCUGUGGUAUCAACGUCAGUGCAGAAGGGUCAGGGCCUUUUUAUUUUAUUUUAUUUUAUUUUUAUUAUUUUUUUUUUUUUUCUCCCCCCUAGCAAAAUGUGUUUUUCUGUUAUAUGGGUUUUGACACUUGUCAUGUAUUUCACAUUGUUGGAGGUCAAUUCUCCAGCCAAACUUUCAGGGUGCUCAAAUCAUUCUGUGAGAUUUAGGAAAAAAUAACAGAAUUUAGUAAAUCUCUUUUUCUUUUUUUUAAACAUUUAGUACAAAUUGCAAACUAAUAUCUUCAGACCUCCCUCAAAAUAUCACAGUUCACAUUUCAGAGUACAGUUUGUAUAGAUAGUGGCCUAAUGCAAGCAAACCAGUACCAUAUAUUAAAUUAUGAAACUUUUAAUUUCAAAUCUGUUCAUUGUGCUGAUGCUGAUCAAAUUCAGAUAACUGUCCAACUUUGUCCAUCUGGGUGAGUAACAUGAAAAUGGACCAAGCACCAUUUUAGUUUUUCUUUUAAUAAGUAUUUCUAAAAUACUCCACUAAAACUUGAAAUACUUUUCAGGUAUACCUGAAUAACAAAACAGCUUUUUUCAGUUUUUUCAAUGUUAAGUUUCUAAUCCAAUAUAUUGUUAAAAUGAUUAAUUUACAUCAAUGCUGAAAACAAAUUAGAAGUAAAAAAAAAAAACUGAACUCGAUUUACUAGAAUUUCUGCGAUAAAUCCAGCCCUUAAAAUUGUGUCUACCUCAGAAUUUGUUCCAACUUGAUUAUUUAAACUCUUUUGGAGGUGGUUCUGAUUGGGAUUUUUUUACCCUUAUAAAUUCUGGGAGCAAUUUUAUAUUUUAUUUACUUUAUUUUAUUUUUUUGUAUCCCAAGAGGAUACAUGUUUAAUAACCAAUUAUGUUGUUUAAGUUCCUGAACUGUGUAAAAGGGAAAUGGAGCAGUAGUGAAAUAAUGACAUGGUACCACUAGAUCAUGACUGUAGACCUCAUUGGCUGUUUAAUUCUGUACGUAUUCAUAAUGUUUUGUGACCACUAUGUGUGUUUUUACAUUAUGCUUCACUAAUAUAGGGUCUCAUAUUUCAAUAAUGCAAUUAUUAUUUUUGUGUACUUGUUUUGUUGUUUUCACAUUUUUGUCACAUGUCUACAGCUGUUCUUGACAUCAUACUAACAUUUAGGUUUAACUGUUAAUGGGGAAACAUCAAUUAAAUGUAAUAUAUUAAAUAUUUUUAAAUCUUAUUUUCAUAUAUAAAUGAUAUUUUCAUAUAUCAUAUAAAGCAGUUGUCCCUUGGCCUCCCACUGAUGCAUUUUAAAGGCAGUGAGCCCAGCAAUAUUACUCACUAAAAUAUGAGGCACCUUCAUUUUUCAAAGUGGGAGUAUAAAUUGACCAUCAUGGUUCUGAUUUUCGGUAACCGAUGAUCUUUGUUUUAAGUGUAUGCAGGCUCUAUUACUAGUGCAGAGGUUAGAUCAGCCUCAGGGAGAGCGCCUUUUUCACACUAUACCAUGUCCACAUACCAUACUAGCCUGUUCUUGCAAAAAAUAAAACUGUAUUUGAAAAAUUA